ACAAAAAGAAGGGCCAGCAGGACUCGCGAGGCGCAUCGCAUCGCAUCGGCCGAACCAAAAUUUCUAUCACGCGACCCCGGCAAGGCGAACCAAGGCGGCGGCGGCGGCGGCGGCACCCAUGGCGGCGGAGGGCGGCGGGGGCGGCGGAGGAGGGAAGGUGUCCUUCAAGGUGAUCCUCACCUCCGACCCCAAGCUCCCCUUCAAAGUGUUCAGCGUGCCGGAGGCGGCGCCCUUCACCGCGGUGCUCAAGUUCGCCGCCGAGGAGUUCAAGGUCCCGCCCCAGACCAGCGCCAUCAUCACCAACGAUGGAGUCGGCAUCAACCCACAGCAAAGUGCAGGCAACGUGUUCUUGAAGCAUGGCUCUGAGCUGCGCCUCAUCCCCCGCGACAGAGUUGGAGCGCCGGUGGCGUCUUUCUAGUCAUUGUUAGAGUCAACAAUGAAGAAUCCUAUAUAACAGGAAUAAAAGCAUGUCCAUGCUUGGUUGUAUAAUGGAUGUAACAUGGUUGAGUAUAAUCCUAUGAUUGACAGGAUGAAUAUAUAGCUUGCCAGACA